AUGGGUACCCCUGCCUCUGUGGUCAGCGAGCCACCCCCCUGGCGAGCCCCGCCGGAGGCCCGGGGCCGCAAGCAGGCCGCGGCCAACAUCUUCCAGGAUGCCGAGCUGCUGCAGAUCCAGGGCCUGUUUCAGCGCAGUGGGGACCAGCUGGCCGAGGAACGGGCACAGAUCGUCUGGGAGUAUGCAGGGGACCAUCAUGUGGCCGAGGCCUUAAAGAGGCUGCGUAGGAAGAGGCCCCCUCGGCAGAAGCCCCUGGGCCCCUCGGUACACCACUGCAGCCGGCUCAGAAUUGCAGAGCCCUGUGCUCCACCAGCCGAACCACAGAGCAGCGCCACAGAGACGGCUUCCAGUGAGCAGUAUGUGAACUCUAGGAGGACCAGUGCCCGGAUCCGCCGGAACUGGAGGAAGCCAGGACCCACAAGCUACCUCCAUCAGAUCAGACACUGA